GUUGCUAGAAACCGGAAGAAGCGCUAACCUUGGGAAGCGAGCAACACUCAUGUGCUGUCGGUUUAAGGGGAAACAGACAGUAUAAUAAUAAAUAACACAUAUAAGGGCUACUCUAAGACAUGCUAGUAUUUUUCGGAUCGUAAUCGUUUUCCUCCACAUUUUUUUUUGUUGCGUGAAGACUCAAUCUUUCAGCUCGCUAAAUGAAUGUCUAGCACUUACCAGAUGGUUACUGCGCUCCUCGUCGUUUGUUUAUCUUCAUGUGGGCAUCGCCUGCUAUCCAAUGAUGGCGACCCCUCUUCUGUUCGUCAGCAGAAGCUGUAAGGCUGUUCACAGGCUGCAACAAAGCCCAUUUUUCUCACCAAUUUCAGCUCUAUCGAGGCAUCGGAGGGUCACUGUGUUGAGAAACUCCAGCACCCAUUCCUGCGAAGCUGACAAGAGUUUCUACAUAACCACUCCCAUCUUCUAUGUCAACGCUUCUCCUCAUUUAGGACACCUGUAUUCAGCGGUGACAGCUGACUGCGUACACAGGUAUAAGCUUCUUCGGGGCUUCAACUCAAAGUUUGCAACAGGCACAGACGAGCAUGGCUUGAAAAUCCAACAAGCUGCUGAAGCUGCCGGAAAAGAUCCCUUGACCUUCUGCACAGAUGUGUCUGAGAGAUUCAAGCAUCUCUUCAACAGCUGCAACAUAUCGUACACAGACUACGUAAGAACCACCGAGCAGAGACACCGGCAGGCCGUAAAGCAUUUCUGGUCGGUGCUCUGUGACAAAGGGCUCAUCUAUAAGGGGAGUUAUGAAGGCUGGUACUCCACCCAAGAUGAAAGCUUCCUCACGCCGUUGCAGGUGGGCGAUGCUUUGGACUCAUCGGGGCAGGAGAUCAAAGUAUCACUGGAGAGUGGCCACAAGGUGGAGUGGAUGAAAGAGGAGAACUACAUGUUCCGUCUGUCUGCGUUUCGGUCUCAGCUGCUCGACUGGCUCAGAGGAAACCCCCGGGCCGUUCAGCCUGAGCCUUUCCAUCAUGCUGUCCUCCAGUGGCUGCAGGAGGACCUUCCUGACCUCUCGGUUUCCCGCCAGAGAAGCCGCCUUCAAUGGGGUAUCCCGGUUCCGGGUGAUGCUGAACAAAUCAUCUAUGUGUGGUUGGAUGCACUAGUGAACUACCUCACAGUCGCUGGCUAUCCAGAUAAACACGACCAAUGGUGGAACGUGGCGCACCACGUUGUCGGAAAGGACAUCUUAAAAUUUCAUGCCAUCUACUGGCCCGCUUUUCUUCUAGGGGCUGGACUGCCGCUGCCACAGGCGAUAUAUGUGCACUCUCACUGGACAGUAGGGGGAAAGAAGAUGUCCAAAAGUUUGGGUAAUGUGGUGGAUCCUCUUGAACGCUCGCCGAUGUUCACGACUGAUGGGAUGAGGUACUUUCUUCUGCGUCAGGGAGUCCCAGACUCAGACUGCGAUUACACAGACAACAAAGUUAUCAAGCUGCUCAACGCAGAGCUCAGUGGCUCUUUGGGUGGUCUGCUGAACCGCUGCACAGCUCCAGCUCUUAAUCCGGCUCAGGUCUACCCUUCUUUCUGCCCUCAGUCCUUCCCAAGCAAACAGGAAGGCCGGGCCGUGGUGGAGGACUACCACAUGUUGGAUGCUGUGAGGAACCUCCCGGCCGUGGUGGAGCAGCACUACGAGAGCAUGCAUGUAUACAAAGCUCUGGAGGCCAUCGCCGCCUGCGUGAGGAAGACCAACGGGUUUGUUCAGCGCCACGCACCAUGGAAGCUGGAUAGGGGGGACAGUGAAGACCAGCGCUGGCUAGACACCAUCAUACAUGUCUCGCUCGAAUGCCUGAGGAUUUAUGGCACACUCCUCCAGCCAAUAGUGCCAGAUAUUUCUAACAAGCUGCUGUCCAGACUCGGGGUGCAGCCAGGUGAGAGGAGCUGGCCAGAUGUGAACUUCCUGCCGAGGUAUCGGGGAAUGGACUGUCCCUUUGAAGGGAGGGCGCUAGGAUCGGACUCUGGGGUGCUUUUUAGUCGCUUGGAAAGUCCGAAUUUAGAUAAACAAAAACCUAAGAAAACAAAGACUGCAAACUCAAAAUGAGGGAAUGGUUCCGUUUCCCCAGAUUCAAUCAAUAAAGAAAUAAAACUCAUGCUGCUGUUUUCACUUUAUCUCAAGACUCUGAGGUUUCUUUUUUUUUGUCAGGGUGUCAACACUUACAGCUUUAAUGAUCUUAGAGUUUUAAGUAUUUUUGCAGCAAACAUUUUUACUUUCCAUAAAAGUCAAGGUGGCGUUAAUACCGAUGUUGGCUUUAUCCAAUGUAAGUAGGUCAAUAAUCUAACAUGCAGUUCCCUUACCCUGAAUUUGACACAUCCAGCUGGAAUGCAGCCACAUUAAUAAUUACACUGUGCAAUUUCUACAUUAACAUGUCAGGCUGUCUGCUGGGAACAUUAUUAUUCUCAGCAUUGCUUCGCCCAAAAUUAACCAGUUAGUCUAAUUAGGCAGAGUAAGUGUGAACACCGGUGAGUUCACAGGACCUUUCAUAUUUUGCCGUUAUUACUUUUUGUCAAAUUGAAUACAAAAUGACUUCAAUAAUUGAAUACAUACAUUGUAUAAAUGCCUAAGGCAAUGGAUUUGUUGUUGUGCAACUGUAUGAUUUGUGAAUGUCAAACCUCAUUACACUCACCAGCCUUGCUUUCCUUCUUUUGAAGGAAAUUGCAGCAAUGUUAUCAGUAAUACUGAAUGUUGAAUGUAGAGACCUCUGGAUAUUACAAAUGUAGAAGUCGUCCAAUUAACAGCCAUUUUUCAUGGCGGACAUUGUAACACGUCACAGUAGGACAAUUAAGGAUGUAAAAAUGAAUGAUGGCUGAAUUCGAUUUAGCUGCCUCCAGUUCAGUUUUUUAAAACACAGUAUACAGGCAGCCAACACAAGUACUAGACAUAACAACUGACAUGAUUUUUUAAUGAGAAAUACACGAAACUGAAAAAAUUGUACAAAUUGAAAUAAAAUAAAAAAUUGCAUUAUUCUU